AAUACUAUGCUUGUAUAGUAUUUGUAUGACUUUGCUGUUUGUUUUGAUAAUUUAGUACACAACAAACAUGAUUCAUGAAUAGAAACAAUUAAAGUUAUCAUUUUGAAAACAUCGAAGAUUUUCAACCAGUCGUCUCUAAAUCCGUCACUGAAAACAAGAAUUGGCAACCUACACUAGGUUAGUAUAGUUUAUACAAAGUAUAUUUGUCCAUGCGUAAGAAUGAAAUGGCUACUCUAUUAGAAAAUUCCAAAAGUAUGACUGAUUCGGAAACGCAUCUCUUGUCGUUUGGUCUAGACAAUUUGGAAAUUGAUCCUACCAGAACUCACAAGUAUCAAGGAAAUAACACAGAAAAAGAUAAUGAUAACAAAGAACCAUAUCAGUCAGAAUGUGUCAUAUGUCGUUGUAUGAAAACUCAAUCACUCAAUUGUGUUUAUCCUCAAAAGCAAAACUCCGAACCAGCUUCAAAAGAAUGUAUUCUAAGGCCACCUAAACUAAAUAGGGUAGAAAGAUGCAAACAACAAUAUGCUGCAGCAUCUCCUGUUCCUAUCAAUCGAAAACAACGGAAACAUUCAAAUCGUAAAUGGCCUAGCAACGAUGAGUUAUUAUCUGAAUUGUCAUUGAACAACAAUAAUAAUAACAAUGAGUGUACUAAUAUAAUACCUUGUAGCGAUGAUGUUACUAUUGACGAGUUAGCUAGUUACUUUGAAGAUUUAGUACACAUUCCUAAAAAAAUGUCAGAUAUGGCGGAACUGAUGUACAAUUAACAUUAUGUACCAAUAAUUUAUUAGUACGUAUACAAUUUUAUAAAUACAAACAAACUUAUUGGUAUUGUUAUUUUGUUUUAUAUAUUUUUUCUUAAUUACCUAGGUAAAAUUGCUAAAAAUUUGUAUAUUAAAUAUUUAGUUUGUUAAAAUGUAUUGUUAUAUUUUAAAUAUAUUUUUUAUGCCGUCUAAACAAACAAACUUUUUGGGUAUAUUUUAUAGACUCUAUUGUUAAUUAUCAGUAAUAUAAACCGUAUAUUAUAAUAAGCAAUUU